GAGGAGUGGGCCGGGAGAAAGAGGGAGAGAAUAAGAGAGAGAGAGAGAGUCGAGCCUUUGUAGUCAGUGAGGAAUGCGGAAACGUCCCUGCUCUGUGUCAGAGCUCUCCGGAGGGGGUCAGGCCACUCUGCGCCAGCGUGGGAAAGCGAAGCGGGAGCCCGCACCCAGCGAAGCCGCGGCCGGGUGCAGAGCCGCGCGCACAGCCGCCUUACUGAAGUAGCGGAGCGAGCGCGAUCAGUGCUGCGGCUGCUUUUAGCUACUGGAGCGCGAGGAGGAGAUCCGGAGAGGAGGAUAGAGAGGGGAAGAGGAGGAGGAGGAGGAGAAUGACUAAAGCAUGCAUGCAUCAGCCGACUACCUGUGUGGCCCUCUAGGACACUGGGAGAUCUGUGAUGUAGGUGAAGAGUCCCAGUGGGGGAAACGCACACACACGCACGCGCGCACACACAUACGCCUGCACGCGCGCACGCACGCACGCGCACCCUCACGCACUCGCGCACACACAUAUGAAUACAUACAGGCGCAGAGUCUCCUUCGCAGCUCCCCGCAGGCGAACUGAACGGGUAAAUCAUUUUUAACUCAACAUUUCAAGAUUACAAGAUUUCAUUCCUCUAUUUCCACGUAAGCGCGCUUUGCGCUUUUUUGUGUAGUCGCGCGCGCGCUCUCUCUCGAGUUGCGUUUCAUUUAUUUCACCGCAGUUGACUUAUUGCAAGAACUAUUAGCCUGCCGCAAAGCGCGAGCCACGCUUGGAAUGCAUUCUAAGAAAAGCGCUUUUCGGAUUUUGCGCGUUUCCCGUGCGAGCGGGUCGCCGUGACCGGGACGAGCAUGCACACGUACGGUGCAAGCGUUUGCUCGCGACAGACAACUCUUAUUGCUCCGUUUUUAAGACAAUGAGAUGAGCGCAGAGCCACGUGCUCGGGCUAUUUUUGUGCUGGUGGCACAAAGCAGAGCGCGAGCAUCACCGCCGCCGCCAGCGCGGUGUCAGGAGUAAAUACAGGGCUAGCAAACUUGCCAGCACUGAACUUUGUGUUUAUUAUUGCUGAGCGAGCGGUGGCCUGCUUGUUUUAGUGCUGUGCGCUCCGUUCCUGCUUGUUUCGGCGCUCGCCGGAGAGACCACCAGCCUCGGAUGCGACCACCAGUGAGCCAGUGAGCGUGUUUAGGAGCUAACGCAUGGGCGCGUGAGGUUGAUGCAUAAGAAAAACGCUGAAAAUCUGUGAGUUUCCUGAUGCUCAUGGGGUACGUACGAUUUCCCUGCCUUCACUAGCUAUCUAGCUGGCUGUAGGGGGAAUAAUCUAGGAAUAAUCUGGGAAUAAUCUGAGACUUUGGCCGCUCCAGGGCUCCUUGUGUGGGUGGCUGGAGAGCACGCGGGGAAAGUGCACACUGGAUCCAGCCGGCUGCUCUUAAAGAAGUGAGCUCAGCGCUCUUCCCUGCUAUCCUGUCCAAGCAGGCAGCGUGAACCAGGCUCUGGGAUUCCCCCUGCAAUCCUCGCCCCCCUCCUCCCUCCCUCCGCAGCAACAGGCUGCAGCCGAGAGAGAGAGGAACACGUGCAAGGAGGAAACUCAACAACAUGGACAAAGAAAGCAUGAUCCAGCAGUACGAGCCCGUGGCCGAGAUAGGCGAAGGCGCCUACGGUAAAGUGUACAAGGCACGCGACCUGAAGAACGGGGGUCGCUUCGUGGCCCUAAAGAGAGUGCGGGUCCAGACCGAGGAAGAGGGGAUGCCACUGUCCACCAUCCGCGAGGUGGCGGUGCUGCGGCAGCUGGAGUCCUUCGAGCAUCCUAACGUUGUCAGGUUAUUUGAUGUCUGUACGGUUUCUAGAACUGAUCGGGAGACCAAGCUUACCCUGGUCUUUGAGCACGUGGACCAAGACUUGACUACGUACUUGGAGAAAGCACCUGAUCCAGGGGUGCCACCAGAAACAAUAAAGGAUAUGAUGUACCAGUUACUACAGGGCCUGGACUUCCUCCACUCUCACCGAGUCGUUCACAGAGACCUGAAGCCUCAGAACAUUCUGGUCACCAGCGGAGGUCAGAUCAAGCUGGCUGAUUUUGGUCUGGCACGCAUAUACAGCUUUCAGAUGGCGCUUACUUCAGUGGUGGUCACACUAUGGUAUCGAGCUCCAGAAGUGCUGCUGCAGUCCAGCUAUGCUACCCCAGUGGAUCUGUGGAGUGUGGGCUGCAUCUUUGCUGAGAUGUUCAGGAGAAGACCCCUUUUCCGUGGGAACUCAGAUGUCGACCAGCUAGGCAAGAUUUUUGAUGUGGUUGGAGUCCCUUCGGUUGAAGACUGGCCCCAGGAAGUGGGCUUGCCUCAGAGUGCCUUCACCCCUCGUCAUCCCCAGCCCAUCGAGGACCUGGUGCCAGACAUGGAUGAGCUCGCCAAAUCCCUCUUACUCCAAUUCCUGGCGUUCAACCCAGCCAGAAGGAUAUCAGCUUAUGAAGCUCUGUCUCACCCAUACUUCCAGAGCCUGGACAGCACCAGCAAGAGUCUGUAUGCCCAGCCCUUGCCCAGCAAAAAGCCCUCCCUGGAGGAGAGAGCUGCCUGAAACUGAAAGACUUUAUUUUUUUCCUACCAGUUUUUUUUAAAGACUCACUUUGCCCAAGGCACUGACUCCUAAGCCCUCCCAAACCUUUGAACAUGUCUUCCAUCACAACAUUACAUGCUGCUUUUAGGUCUUUUUGAAGUAUUACAGCAACUUUUGGUUGAUCUGUUUUUACUGCUGCCAGGCAGUACAAGCCCUGUGGUGGGUGAAUUCACCCUCUGCCUGGGGCAAUUAUUAAAACUAACGAAAAACAACGGAAGCUGCUUUCCUGCCUGCCUGUCUUCCCUAACAGGAAGUUCACUGCCAGCUACCUGCUACAGAGGCUGCUACACCACCAUACCAGGGAUCAUUCUGUCUGUCCUACUUCAAGUGUCAUUUGGAUACAACCUCCAGGUCUCUACUGUCUUUCACUGCUCCGGAUCAACAAGCCCAGGUCUCACUGCUACUCACUGACCUGGUCUCACACUUUGGACCCUGCAAACACUUAGAGCUGUCACUGAUAAUGUGGGUCUGUUGAACAGACCCUGUGUAUAAAAGAUGUAAUCGCACACUCUGCAUACACCCUGUAUGAUAAGUUACUUAUGUUUUUUUAAUGUUUUUUUUUAAAUGGUCCAUGGGUUAUUAUUGGGCCAAAUGAUUUAGGUUUAGUUUGAAUUGUUCGUCACCUUGAGGUCAUUCCCUGCCCAAGGCUGAGGGCUGGGCUUUGUGGACUUUUCCUAUCAGCAAUUAAUGCAGCAAUUAAUGCUUUCACUGCCUUACAGAGGACAACAAAUCAUAUGACUUCAUCAUAUGAUUUAGGUUUUACUCCUCACCACCGUCAAGGCCUUUGUGAUACUGCCCACUGUGUUCAUCAGCCCAGAGAGACCAAAAAAACUUUUUAUAUUGUAGGCUGAUUUCUGGACACACACUGAGCCUGGUCCCCAAUCGCAGGGGCUAGACUUAAACUGUGUCUGGAAAACCAACCCUUAGAGUUCUAGCGAAAUGUAACAGCGCAUUACAUCAUAGCCUAAUCUAAUCUACAUAAAUUGUUGGUUCUACUUUGUACACUGUUCAGUUAUUAUUGUUAUUAUUUUUUUAUAUCAGUGUUGAUCGUUGACGACUUGUGUCUUUGUGUUCAUGUGUUUUUAUUAUGUCUUAAUUUUAGUUGACUUGAAGGUGUAGGGACUUGUGUUAGAAAAUGCAAAUAUUUCCACUUCAUACAGAGUGCACCCUGCUGUCAGGGACAUGGUGUAGUUGGUAGUUAAUAGUUAAUAGAGGCUGGUAAAUGUAGGUAAAUGUAGUUAGAAGGGAGCCCUUCAUUGGGCAGCAUGUUGAUAGUAGAAUGAAUGGCUAUGAAAAAAGCAAGAGGAGAUGACUCGACUCUUCGUAGUUAGAGCAGAUAUUUAGAGAGAUAGCUGUAGAUGUAAAGUAGAAAGCUUAGAUGGUGAUCGAGAAGUUAAAGAGGUUAGUUCAGCUGUAAGAAAGGGUUAGAAGGGCAACGUGAAAAUUGUAUAUGACUGCUGGAAUUCAGGACGUUGUUGUAUGUACAGAUUAAACGUCUUGUGUCCGUAUAAUGUCCUUAUAAUCUUAUUAUGAAGAUAAGAUUAUAUCCUUCCAUAUUUAAUUUCUCUUAGAUGUCAGGGCUAAAAUAAUAACCCAGCCAGCCUCUUGUCUGGCUCUUCAGAUAAGUUUGGAGGAAGUGAGGAAAGAAGAGAAGGAAGGAGCAAAGGAAGGAAGGAAGGAUGCUGCUUUAUAUAUAUUUUUUUUACAGUGUAGUCCAGGACUAAGACUAAACUGAGGAGAAGCUGUUUAGUAGUUUUGUCUCGAAGCCUAGGCUGCGGGUGAGGUAGGCUGCAUUUCUGUACUUGCCUUCCAUGUAAUGGAACGCUAUUCCAAAACAAAAAGUUAGGAAAUGUUCCUUCACAUCCCUAAUUUUCCCACAGUUUUCUGUACAACGCAUGUACAACGCAAAUGGGAAAAAAUCAGCAUCACAAAAACAAAGCAAAAAUAGUAUGUUUUAAAAUGUUUAUUUUUAUCAUUUUAAUUAUUAUAAAUUCAUGUGUUUUGCGUCACAACUGCAAGAGGCUGGAUCUUUCUGGUAAAGUCAUCCUGAAGCCCCGUUAAACAGUAUAUAUCCGUAUCUGUGACCGACAGAAUACCAACAAGGAGUCUUCAUGGGCAGUCCUGCCAAGGACCCUUCCUACCGUGACUGCAGCCUAGGCUUUGGAACGUAGCUACAGGCACUGCAUCACAGAUCUUAAUCCACAGGUUCAGCCAGAUAAGCACUGGUGCUUCCUCCAUAUACUCAGGAUCUCAGUAGCGACUCAUUGGUUCGUAUUUAUCAGUUAGCUCGGGGUAGAUUUUUCCAUAUAUUUUUCAUAUAGUUAAACAGCACACAUCUGAUAAAUCUGAUCAAUACGACUCGCUCUGUCCCACUCUAUCCACUCUCAGGUCUAUUUAUGGUUGUAGUUUUAGAUUCAGAACAUUUCAGGUUUGACUCAGCUUGAUUGUUAUUAUAACAUUAGUGCAUAUUAAAUGAAGUCUGCAAACUAUUCACUCUAUAUCACCAUAUUAAUGAUCCCAUAUUAACAGUACAGUAAAUAAUGCUUAAUAUAUUUAUGACUAUAUUUACACAGAUGCUCAUCAGAUUACUGGUAUUUUCAUCGAUUCAUUUUAACACUGUAACAACAAGGCAUUCUGGACUCAUCUUUUAACUGGUAAAAAUAAUGAAAAUAGUAAUAAUAAUAAUAAUAUUAUUAAUAAUAAUAAAAGCAUGAGGCAGUUCUUUCUCUCUUCUUUCUGAUUGCUGUUGUAACGACUCCUCACACUUUUUAUACUGUUAACAUUUUUCUCCUUCUUCAUUCUUUCAGUCGGCUCCUCAUAUUCCGUAUGACAUGACGUAUUCGUACAGUCAUCACAGUGUCGCGUUUUCCUCUUCCAAACAGACGGCAAAAGAGUGGGAUGUUAUGAUGUUUAAAAUAAUUUUCAGUGGGCAUUAGAUGUCACAAAGUACACCUAUUUGUGUGUUAAAUGUACAGUAAAUGUACAGUAAUUUCAGCAACCAUUCUUUACCUGUACUCAAUUUCACCAGGUUGAAAUGGUCUUGAGUUCAUCAAGAUGGUGUUUUAUAAUUCUAGCUGAGUUAUUAAAGCUUAAAGCUUUGGAAUGUAAAAUGUUACGCUAGUUAUGAAAUGUAAACGUUAGCAUAGCUAUGCUGACAAAAAAGAAAUGGCACCUUGAAAAUCACCCAUCUCAUCCAUUGCCCCAAUGUGUAACAAAACAAAAAGCUUUUCCAUGAAGUUGUUAAAUGCAUGAGGGUGAUGAAAACAAUAAAUAAACAGAAGUAUUCCUGUUUGUACUCAUUUACUUUAAAUGGAAUUUAAAAUAUAAUCAUUUGAAUUAUAUUUUACCUUAUCAGUCAUGACUGUUUUUGAACAAGUAUGAUAUUGCUGGAUAGCGGUACUUUGUGUUGUUUUUGUUUUAUACUUUUCAGCUCCUUAAAACUUGGCCUCUACUUAAGAUGUAGUCCCUUUGUUUUAUUUAUUGGCAUUUUGAUGGUAAUUCUUUGUUAUUGUGUGAAUGAGAAGAAUCAAGCCUGUAUAAUUGGGUGGUGGUGGUGUCCUAAUGGUGCUACAAGUAUUGCUUAAACUUGAAAAGAUCAAAAUAUCUUCAAAAAGAACAGCAAUAGAGGCAUCUUAAGUGUCCUUUUCUGCAUUUUUUCUAUACAAAGCAAAAUUCAAAAUUACAUUUUAGCUAGAAUGUUUAAACUGUGGUUUGUAUUUUGUACUCCAUUGCUGGUUCUCAGCUCCUGGAGAACACUUUGCUAUGUUUCAGCUGUUCCCUGUCUUCACCAUACUAGAUCUAUCAGUACUGUUUACUGGUGAGCUGGAUCUUAGACCCUGUGUACACCUGAUUUUAUUGUAUACUUAUUUUAACCAGUUUUAACCUAGUGCAUUUACACUGAUUGCAAUUAUUACUGGAGGAUUGGUUGUACUGGGAGGGUCAAGGGACUACUCAAAACUGUUAAAUGGCAAAGUCCCCAGGAAAACUGUGCUGGAAAAGUCACAUGAUUUGCCCACCAUAUAAAGCUGAAUUCAUAUUUCAGAUCUUUCAUUCUACUGAGUUUCCAUAUUUCUGUGUAUUUUCAGUAGUUCUGAAACUAAAAUCUUUUUAAAAGCUGUAUCCAGUGUUGAUUCUCUGUCAGUUUUUCUCUCACUGCUAACUGCUAAUGUUUUUGUAUUGUUUUAGUGUGCACCACAAGUAUGUAUGGGGGUCGAUUGUAUUUCUUUAUAUUUCACUGGAAAAUUGUGCGAACUGUGUCUGUGUUAAAAUGUUUGUAAGGUAUUUUUUGUUCCUCCAGCUUUCCACUUUUUAUUUCAGAAUAGUAAACAGUAAAAUAGUCUGUCUUCUUUUCCAUCUUCUUUUUUGUUUUUUUUUGCCUUUUUCUUUCCUAUUUUUUUUCUGUUCUGUGGAUUUGCCUAAUUGAUCAUUCUGAUAUUUACUGAUCAACAAUGUUAUUGCUUUUGUCUACAUAGCAGUCUUUUAAACACAGUAAAUAGACGUUAGUUUUGGCCAGUGCUUCAUGUGUGUUAUGUAGGUUUUAGAACGUAUGUUUGCUCUGAAAGCUGGUGUACCAUGAAUUUAGUCUGUGUCAUGAUUUGAUGUGGUUGGCACUCACCAAUUCAUGAAAUGUUGCUCGUAUUAGGGAUUUAUGACACUUGCUAUAUAGUAUUUGAAUUGUUAUUGCUUUCUUGUUUUGUUAUUUUUCAAAAUGUAAGCUCAGUUGUGUUUGACAUGACAUAAAAUAGAUUUUAUGGAUAUUUCCUUCUAAAUAGACGAUCCAUAUCAACUUAUUAUAUGUUAUAUGAGCGAGAAAGGCAUGUAUCAGCUUUAUAACUAUCCUAAUACGACAAAUAAAUCUAAUAUAUACAUUUAUUAUAGGCCACACUUAUCAAAAUCAAAUUGAAUGACAGUGGAAUAACACAGUAAGAAUAAAGUAGAUCAAUUUUAUACCUGCUUACCCGACAUACACGCAUACGAAAUAAUGCUGCCUUCAGUGGGUUUACACAUUUGAUAUGGUCAGGCUUUUUAUACUAUAACAAUGAAACCGUUGUUUUAUUGCUGCCUUUCCUGCUUAUGUCCAGUUUAAAGCUUUGAUUAAAUGAUGUGUCCAAUAUGUUCUUUAUGAUCCAAAUUCAGCAUCAAAGUCAUCACAGCACCUUUUUUUUUUUUUUUUUUCUUAGGCAGGUGGGUGGGAUCUCUGGCGGCGAUAAGUUGAAUGACAGUGAAAGAGGUGUGGAUGGGUUUUGUGAUUUUCUCUAUUUGUUUUCCCUUUGAACUGGUUGCUGCUAAUUUCCCCAUAGGUUCCACUCAAAUAGACGAGAAAAGAAAGAGGCCCAUCUAAAUUGGUUCAAAUUUGAUGAAAAAUAUACAAAUAAAGCUGCUUGUGCUGUGUGCCACAUGUGUAACUGCCUGUCAAUGUUUUUAUUAUUUUUUUUUCUUUAAAUAAAUAUUUUAGUAAGUAAA